AUGAGGGGACAGUUAGACGCAUUACUUGCUUCACGCGCUAGUACCGCUCCAGCUCAAGUAACAAACAAUUUCGAGAGAAGUGAACAUUCUAUAUCAUUGCAAAGUGUUCCGUCAGAGUAUAGUAUUAGUGAGGAGGAACUUGCUAGUAUUAAACGCGAUUCAAAAGGUGCAGGAAACUUCGGUGCUCAGCUUGUGAAAAGACUAUUCCCUGAAUUAUUUGGUCCCACAAAUCUACGCCAUCAGUAUAAUUGGUUUGGGGGCGGUGUAAAUUCGAAGCAGGAACUCUGUCCAGAAAGAAAAUCUGUAGUGAUACAAUACGUUACGUUUUACUAUCCUGAGCUAGUAGAUGCCGAACAGUGGCGAGACAGAGUAGAGCCUAAAAUAAAUGGGCUCCUAAGGCGAAAAGACAAACUACCAAGUGCAUUGAACUGCGACCAGCCUCAAAGAUCUCAGAUUCCUUUACCAGAGCUCACACCGACCACAUACAGAUCAUUGCUAGAUUACUACGGCGGCGCUCAAAUUUAG